AUGGCAGAUACAUCACAAGUCUCAGUGCUGAAGAAGCCACCUCUCCGUCGUGCUUGGUGGAAAGAAUCCUCGGUCUAUCAGAUCUAUCCGGCAUCCUUCAAAUCAGCCAACUGUACGGUGGACGAGGCGACGGGCACGGUCAAAGGUGACCUCCGUGGCAUCAUCUCCAAGCUGGAUUACAUUGCCAGCCUGGGGGUGGACAUUGUGUGGCUCAGUCCCAUCCUCCAAUCCCCGCAGGUCGACAUGGGAUAUGACAUCUCUGACUACCGCGCCAUUUAUCCGGGGUAUGGCACGAUGGAGGACCACGAUGAGCUGAUCCAGGGCCUGCACGAUCGUGGCAUGAAGUACGUGAUGGAUCUCGUGGUCAACCACACGUCCGACCAACACGAGUGGUUCCAGCAAUCGCGCUCUUCGAAAGACAGUCCAUACCGGGAUUGGUAUAUCUGGCGCCCGCCACGCUUCGACGACAACGGCAAUCGCAUCCCACCCAAUAAUUGGGAAUCGGCGUUCUCUGGGUCUGCCUGGACCUUCGACGACGCCACGAAUGAAUACUACCUGCAUCUGUUCGCAAGUGCGCAGCCCGACCUGAACUGGGAGAACCCGGCGGUGCGGGACGCAGUCCAUGCCAUGAUGCGAUUCUGGCUGGACCGCGGGGUCGACGGCUUCCGGAUGGAUGUCAUCAACUUCAUAUCGAAAGAGCCGCACCUCCCGGACGGCGAGGUCACGCGGCCGGGGUACUUGCAGUCGGGUGCGAAAUACUUUGCCUGCGGUCCGCGGCUGCACGAAUACUUGCGCGACAUCGGGGCGAUUCUCCGACAAUACGACGCGUUCUCGGUGGGCGAGAUGCCCGGCGUCGAGGACACCCGGGAAAUCCUCAAGGCGGUGGGACAAGACCGGGGCGAGCUCGCGAUGGUGUUUCAAUUCGACAUCGUCGGCAUGGACGUCCAGCCCGGCGGGAUCAAGUGGGACCACCGGGACUUCGACCCGCGGACCUUGAAGCACGUCGUGUCGAAAUGGCAAUCGUUCAUGCUCCAGAACGCCGGCUGGAACGCCGUGUUCAUGGAGAACCACGACCAGGGACGCUCGGUCUCCCGGUAUUGCGACGACAGUGAGGCCCACCGCACCAAAUCGGCCAAGCUGCUCGCCGCACACAUGGGGCUCCUGUCCGGCACCAUCUUCGUGUACCAGGGCCAAGAGCUGGCGCAGGUCAACGUGCCGGAGAGCUGGGGGAUGGAUGAGUACAAGGACAUCGAGGCACUCAACCACUGGCAGACCGUGCUCCGAGACUUCCCGCACGACACCGAGAAACAAGCCGCCUACAGGAGGCAGUACCGGCUCAUCGGCCGCGACAACGCCCGGACGCCGAUGCAGUGGACCGCCGACGCCGACACCUACGCCGGCUUCCUCCCCGACGCGGCGCCCCCGGAUGCAAAGCCCUGGAUGUCCAUCCACCCGGACUUCGCCGAGUGGAACGCCGCGGCGCAACUCGCCGACCACGACAGCGCAUUCCACUACUGGCGGCGCGUGCUCGCGCUGCGCAAGCGGCACACGGACGUCUUCGUCUACGGCGCCUUCCAGAUGCUGGACGUGGACGUGGACAACGACGAGUGCGGGGCCGUGGUCGCGUAUGUGCGGACCGACAAUUCGGCGCCGGCGGCGGCCCCGGGCGCAGAAGAAGUCCACCACAACAAGUCGAGGACCGCCACCACCGGGCUCGUCGUGACCAAUUUCUCCGACGAGGACGUCUGGUGGACACCUCCUCCGGGGGCAGGACAGGGCGUGUUGUUUGACGGCGCGGGGCUGAGGCGAGGCGCCAUCCUGGAAGACUUUCGCAAUUACACGCGCACCGGGGAGGAAGGCAAUGCGGUCCGCAAAGACGGUGAGAAAGGCUGGGCCAUCUUGCUGAGACCGUGGGAGGUCGUGGUGGCCAUGGCCUGA